UGAAGACUCUUACAUAAGAGUCUCGUUGAAAUUGAACGGUUAUCCACGGAAAACCGUGGGGAGUGUAGGGUUUCUAGUUGUCUUUCGUGAUUGGUCGGUCCACCAGGUCCGUAGCUAAAGAACCAUCGGUUGAACAUCGGCCCGUACCAUGAGCUCUCCCCGCAUAGUUCCCCAGAUCCAACCAUCAAGCUUAACUUCACAAACAAAACACCAGUUGAACUUGGACAAUGCAACUUCAAGAUGUUAUCGCGGCGCAUAUUUCAAUGUCGAAAUACCGGCUUACAAAUUAGCCAACUGCGACGUCUCGCAACAGCAGCUGAGCCCUUGGCAAAUGGAGCGAAUGGUAAUCAGCAACAUGGAGACAAUCGUGUCAAAAUAGUGGAAGUGGGACCUCGAGACGGAUUACAGAAUGAGAAGACGAUUAUACCUUUAGCAACAAAGAUAAGUCUCAUUGAAAAGCUUGCAAAUACGGGCUUGCAGGAUAUUGAAGCUGGUUCUUUUGUUGCGCCAAAAUGGGUGCCACAAGUAAGUUGAGACCCUAUACUCCUAGAUGAGCAAAGACUGACUUCAAGGGCUGCCACAGAUGGGAGAUGCGGGCGAAAUUCUCGAACAUGUUCUACAAAAUCAGAACCAGUCGUCUAUUCCAUUACGAUACUCUUUCUUGGCGCCCAACAGAAAGGGUCUUGACAAAGCUUUGAAUAUUUUGUCUCAAAAUCGAAAUGCAUACAACACUGCCGACAUUCCUCUUCAGGGCGCCCCCAAGGAUCUUAAUUCAUCUCCCAAUAAACCCUAUAUCGAGAUGGCGGUCUUCGCAGCAGCAACCGAGUCCUUUUCACAAAAGAACCUUAAUUGUGACAUUGCAACAUCAUUAAAACGAUUUGAAGAAGUCAUACAAGGUGCAAAAGCAGCCGGAAUGCGAGUUCGUGCCUACAUAUCUGUAGUAUUGGGUUGUCCAUUUGAGGGCGGGAAUGUAGAUCCUCAUCGCGUGGCAGAAAUAGCAACGGAAUUAUUGGAAAUGGGAGCGGACGAGAUUGAUCUCGGAGACACAACUGGGAUGGGUACUGGACCUAAGACUUCGAAACUUUUGCGUACAAUGCAAUCAGCGGGGAUACUCAAUGAGGACAUAGCGAUGCACUUCCAUGACACAUAUGGACAAGCCUUGAUCAACACUGUUGUCAGCUUGGAGCAUGGUAUUAGAACCUUUGAUAGUAGUGUUGGGGGAUUAGGUGGAUGCCCAUACAGUCCUGGGGCUACUGGAAAUGUCGCCACGGAAGAUAUGGUUUACUUGCUAGAGAGUAUGGGGAUGCAGACCGGUGUUAAUCUAGAUGAGUUGGCUGAUAUUGGACAAUGGAUUACUGGGGAGAUUGGGAAGCCUAAUGCAAGCAGUGUUGGGAAGGCAGUGAUCGGAGCAAGAAGACGCAAGUAAUUUUGCGGCUAAUGCAACCUUCGCACUCAGAGUCUAAAGCUGUUUGUGUAGCAUGGUGAGGUGACGGAUGACUGGCGUUCGGUGUGAAUUGACGAAAAGCUGGGCAGAAAUUGUGUAUUGGAUGUAUAGCAUUAGCGGCUACGGCCAUUCCACCGUUUAUUGAAUCAUACAACGAACGAAUAUAAAUAUAAACUGACCAUAUACUUUCAC